CAUCUCAGUCUGCUGUUAAAGGCGAGGGGCAGUGGGAGGUGUAUCUGCCUGAUUCCCGACAUGGUUAGGCUCACUUUUCGUGGGCUCUCUCCAGUGGGUGCCUGCCUCAUAGCCCUUUGACUAUCGGGCGAGGCGCCCCCCAGCCGUCCAUCGCGGCGUCGGCUUCGGAGGACUCGGUAGGCUUCUGGAGGGAACCUGCUUUCCCAUGCCCGCCCCCUUUUCUCGGGUUCCUGCAGGUUUCCGGCCCGGGAGGAAGCGCUGCUGCCAGGCAGCAGGCAGACUCCGAGACAGCUCCUUGAGCGAAAAAGGCAAGCAGCAGACGGCGAUGGCGGUGCCCGGCGGGAGCUUAGCUCUGAUGGUGACUGUCACCUACGGUAAUGAAAAACACAGUCUUCGGAUUGUUUCUUCAGAAGAAGAUAGUCAACCAACAGUACGGGAUAUGGCUCUUUUAAUUGAACAAGUAACUGGUGUGCCAAUUUCUUUUCAGAAACUGAUAUAUAAAGGAAAGUCUCUGAAAGAAAUGGAACAACCAUUGUCGACAUUUGGGGUGAAAAAUGGUUGUAAAAUCAUGCUGAUUGGGAAAAGGAACAGUCCUGAAGAAGAAGCUGAAUUAAAGAAAUUAAAAGAUUUGGAAAAGUCAGCAGAGCAAAUAGCAAAAAAAAUAGAGGAAGUGAAUAAAGAACUUGGAGGUAUUCAGAAAGGUUUUUUAGCAAAGAAUCUUCAAACUGAAGCACUUAACCAGCUAGAUAAGCGAAUAAAAGGUACUGCUGAGCAAUUUAUGAAGAUUCUGGAACAGAUUGAUGCCAUUACUCUCCCAGAGAAUUUCAGUGACUGUAAACAGAAGAAGAAGGGGCUAGUGAAAAAGGUUCAGGCUUUCCUUGCACAGUGUGAUACAGUGGAAGGAAGUAUUGGUCAAGAAAUGGAUAAAGUGCAGUCCAAGAAUAUGGCUACAGCAGAAUAAGGCAUUCUUUUAAGUAAUCUGGAGAAUUAAUUGCUCUGUGAGCAAGAAGAAGAGUUUGCUCUUGAUUUUGGAGCAUCUGUUUAGUGUUCAAACUUUUAUUUUUAGCAGAGUCCAGUAAGACUGUUGCAUGUUGGUCAUUGCUUGCUGGUUGUCAUGUGUGCUGCUCAGACUUAAAGCUCUUCUUUUCAAAAGUAAUACAAAACAAUCUUGCAGUUCUUCUUGAAUAUAUUCAUAACAUGCCUUUGUAUGAUAAUACAUGUUUCAGCUAACUAAACCUUGUGUUACCUUAUAAAUAAUUUCGAGCAAUAACUGUAACUGAUGCUGUUAAAUAUGUAUAUGUGUUCUCAGAUGUAGGAAGAUUUAACUUCAGCAGAGGUCUUAUCUAUCUUUCAGGAUGCCUAAAUUGGAUUGUACAAUAAGGUGUAUCGUAUCGUUCUUCAACUAGUUGCUGAACAUAAUUUGGCUCUUAACUGAAAAAGCCUCAUCUAUUUGAUGGUAGCUCCUGUUUAAGGAAGUGCUAAAUGGCAGAGACUUUAUGCUGUGACCCUUUCAUACUUCUUAUAUUUUCAGUGCCCGACUAAAAUCAGAAUUUGAAGGUGUUAAAAACUUGAACUUUAAUAUGUAUAUAUUUUUGUCUCUCUUUGUAAGGUGAAUUCCAUAUUGAAAAUGCUUCUAUUUCUCUCAGUAGAUGUAAAAUGGUUAGCAAAACAGUCCUAGUCCUUGUGGCUUGCACUUUUCAAGAUUAGACAUACAUAUUUUUUUAAUUAAGUGGUAGGGUCCCCCCCCAUUUCUUUUCUUCUUUUUUUAUCUUCUAGAUAGUUUUUAACCUGGUAUUUAACUGAAGAUUACAAACAGCCCUAGGUUUAGACAAAUAUUUGAAAACCAGUCGACCCACACAGAGCAUCUGUAUGCUCUUUGGGACCAGCUGUCCCCCCCUCCCUCCUGCCCCACUCUCUGGCCCCCCUUCCCCUCCCUCUUGGCCCACUCUCUCUUGCCCUAGGCCCUCCUUACCAGGCAGCAGGUGGCCAGAAAGGGCCCUGCCGCCGCCAUUCCUCCUUCCGGGCAGCAAACAGGGAAGUACCACUGCCCAUUUCCCUCCAACAGGCACCUGGCCUCUGCGGCCGGGCCCACUGCCGACCAAUCCUCCUGGGUGCGUUUCAGCCAAUCAGGCACCUCUGCCACCCAGCCAAUCAGCUGGGCGCCGAGACACACAUUCCAAGGCGCACCCAGGAGAAUUGAAUACCGUAUUUUAUGGACUAUAAGACGCUACAGACUAUAGGAUGCAUCUUAAUUUUAAUCCAGUUUUAAUCCAGUUCCAAGGCGCACCCAGGAGAAUUGAAUACCGUAUUUUAUGGACUAUAAGACGCUACAGACUAUAGGAUGCAUCUUAAUUUUAAUCCAGUUUUCCGGGUUUUAACAUAUUAAACUGUUAUCAAAACUGUACCGAAAAGUCCUGCUAGCUCCAGGAAAGGACUCUCAGCCUUGCUUCAGUUUCUUCUCCUUUCUUCUUGCCUCAGAUAAGUCCUCUUUCAAUUGCUCCUACUCCACUCCUUGUUUUCUCUUCAACCUGUUGGGCAGGCUUACGAGUAAAAGACGCACCUGAAUUUUGGUGGAUAUUUUUUGAGGGGAAAAAUGCGUCUUAUAGUCCAUAAAAUACGGUAUAUAGAUGCUUCUCAUAAUAAAUUUUGUAUGCCCAGGUCUAUAUUUGAAUGUGAGAAUGUGUAUUUACACAUGGUGCAAAUGGCCACAUUGUGUGUGUUUUGUUUUAGUUUGAUACAGAAUACAAUUGUGGAAGUGGGUGCAAAGAUUAACUUCCAUACAAAAAGUUUGCAGAAAUCUUGUAUUACACAAUACCAGUGACUUACACAAUAUGUGCCUGCAUGAGGUGCUCCUUUUUUUAUUUUUUUGCUCUGUAAUUUUUAAGAGCAGUUUCAAGGUAGGAAAAAGUAUACUUGAAGUGUGACCAUCUAAUGCUACACAUUCUGGGUGCAAUCUUUCAAUUUGCUAUGGCUUUGUAAGUCCCAUAAAUUCAGGGUGGAACUUAUUCAUCUACAAACCAUUGUGCCUGAAAAUUCUUAAGGUCACGCUCCAACCCAGUCAGAUUUACAGAGUCAUAGGGCCAAACUACACACUAUAUAAAACACAUUAUGAGUGUACCAAUGGGAACUUAUCUUGUGAACAGAGGCGUAUCUAGGGAAAAUAGCGCCUAGGGCAAGCACUGAAAUUGUGCCCCCUGUCCAGACAUCUGACACCCAUCUUUCAGAUAACUUUACCAUAAUAUCAGCUUAAAAAAUACAAGGCAAGCUCGUUAAUCUUUUAAUAUUUCAAAAACUAUUUAGCAGUGGACGUAGCCAGACCAAAAGAUGCUGGACAGGGAAUGCUGAUUCUCUGUACAUAGUGCCAAACUGAAUAUGUGUACAGUGACAUAUUAAAUUAAAAAAAUAUUUUAACUGUAGCCCCUUCCUAAAGGCUGUGGGGGGGGGUCUGCAAAGGUUUUUCCUCCCCCCUCUGGCCUCUAGGGCCUCACAGGCACCACUUGAGAAUGUGCAGUGGCCAUUUUAAAAAAUAUUUUUUUUAAAAAAAAAAUGGCUGCUGAAAACAAAAUGGCCACCACGCAUGCUCACUCUGUGAGGCCUGGCAUGGCCUAGGGCCUCACAGAGGCCAUUUGAGCAUGUGCGGUGUCAUUUUGUUUGCAGCGGCCAUUUAAAAAAAAUAUAUAUUUAAGAAUAGCGCCCCCCUUCAAGUGGCGCCCGGGGCACGUGCCCUGCCUGCUCUACCCUAGAUACGCCCCUGCUUGUGAAGCAAAUAGCAGCUGUGGAGGGGGAAGAGUCUGGAUUGGGAUCAUGGUGGAAGUGGAACAAAGAGUUAAAGCCUGCCUUCUCCCCGAUGCUGUCCUGAUCCAGACUGGAUAGCCUGCAGCUUCUGCUUGGUAAAGUAAAGUUAUAGGUCAGCUCUAAUGACCUGCUUAAUGCAUUGUAUAUUUUGGCCCAUAGUUAUAUCCAGGAAAACUAAUAGCACUAUACUCGGUGGACUGCAACUACAAGAGAAAUAGUUGAGGAUCUAUACCAUACAAUUAUUUCUUCUGCACAGUUCAAAGUAAAAAGAAAGAAAAGAAACAGUUCUUGGACAACUUAAAGCCCAGUCUUCUUAGCUGUUGCACUGACACUGCAGGGCAUAGCCCUUGGCUUGAGAUUCUUGGCCAGAGAAGUGAGAGGACACACUUGCUGCCUUGGUGUCUGCUCGACCAUCAGCAGGGCAGCUGCUCUGCUAGCAAUUGCCCUGCUCCUCCCCUACCAUGUAAUGUAAAUGAUGUUGGAUGGGAUCAAGGAUUGCAAAGGAUACUAGAUCAAAGAACACUAGCCUGCAUUCUUUGUAUUAAGGUUUAGGAUCUGCCUGGUAGUGGGGAGAGCUGGCAAGGUUUGAAGUAAUUGGCUGCAGUGGAACAGCUGCUGAAGCGGUACAGACCACUAUUUAUGCUGCCCAGCUGAAGGGGGGCCAUGCUCCUGCAGAGCACCAGGAGGAACAGGGAUACCCCCAUAUUCUAUCCAUUACCACUCCUCCUCCAUGGUUCUUUUUCUUGGGCAAAAGCAAUAGAAAUACAUGGGAAAUAAAUGGCACCUUCUCACAGCUCUUUUAUACAACUUAAAAGUUGCAUUCUAUUGCUGCAGGGUACCUGAAAUAUUAUAGCCUAGUUGCUAUCCUUUGCAUGCAGAAUUAAAAAUGCACUCUUUGGGCUGGCUUAGCAUCCUCUCUUAAUACUGUUCUUAUUGUUUUUUAAAGAGGAAUUGGUAUCUAUUUCAAAAGCAAUAAUAUGAUUAGUAACAAUAUUCCUCAUGAUUGUGGGAAAUUCUAGAUUUCUCCUGGGAGAGGGGAGAGAGAGAGGAGGCACUAUUUGAGGAGAUUUAUUUGUAUGUGUAUCCUUUCAGUGCAAUAAUAUACCAAAUGUAUUCUUUUCUAAAUUGCAUAUAUUUAACAUAUUUUCAAUAUAAUCCAGCCAUUGUCUUAUUACUUGGUGUCUGUUGGCAUAAUUGUGGUAUUCAUGGAAAACAAUAAUAAAAGACAACCUAUAUGAAA